CCUACUGACACUCACGUUUCCAAGAUGGCUGCUUCCCUCUCAGGAUUAUUAAAACCUUGGACACCAAGUGUGUUCCUGGUUCGGUGGAGCAGAUACAACCCGUACUACCUGGAGCCAGAGUACAGGAAGGAGGCCUACGAAACCCCAAAGGAAAAGCUGAGUGCUAAGGAGAAGGAGGAGCAGGAGCUCAAGGCGAUCCGACCGAUCAAAGCAGCAACCAACGGAGUCAGCAGCUCCGUCUUCGACGACCCAGUCAUCAAUAAAUUCACCAACAUGCUACUGAAAGGUGGAGACAAGAUUAUAGCCAGAAGGAUCAUAACACAGACGCUGGAGACCAUAAAGAGGAGGCAGGUGGAGAAAUACCACAAAACUCCAGAAGGGAAAAGGGAAGAGAUCGAGUGUAACCCCUACGCCAUUUUUCACCAGGCUCUGGACAACUGUAAGCCCGUGGUCGGGCUGGCCACCAUACAGAAAGGUGGAAAGAACUACCAGGUGCCCAUCCCUCUCACGGACAACCGCCGCCGCUUCCUCGCCAUGAAGUGGAUGAUCACAGAGUGCAGAGACAACAGACACCGACGCACGCUCAUGUACGAAAAACUCACCCAGGAACUGAUGGCAGCGUCUGAGAAGGAGGGAAACGUCAUAAAGAAGAAGUUAGAGAUGCACAAGAUGGCCGAAUCCAACAGAGCCUUCGCUCACUUCCGCUGGUGGUAGAAAGGAAGAAAGAAACGCCAGAAAUCGGGACUGAAAUCUAAGUGUUUCAGAGACUGGAUGGACGUGGGGAAGAUUAAAGGAACACUCCACCGUUUUUUCAUAUUAAAACAUGUUAUUCGGUCAAGUAAGACGAGUUGAUACAGACCUCUUGCGUCUCAAUGCGUGCACUCAAUCGCCCUGGCGCGCGGAGCUACUUGGCUAGCACUUAGCUUAGCCCAGUUCAUUCAUUAGGAUCCAAACAGAUGGACAGUUAGAAGCGACCAAACUCCUCCACGUUUUCCCUAUUUAAAUACAGCUACACGAGUAGUUAAACGACCAAGUAUGGCGACACAAAAUAAAACGUGGCGCUUUUCUAAGCGGAUAAAAAGGAUAACUAUAAUGUAUGGCGGAAUAGCACUUGGGAGCACUUCGACUCGGCGCAGUAAUAUCAUCACUCCUGAGGGGAGAAGAUUUUUCAGGAGUGAUGAACUGUGAUGAACUGAAUGAACUGGGCUAAGCUAAGUGCUAGCCAAGUGGCGCCGCGCGCCAGGGCGAUUGAGUGCACGCAUUGAGACGCAAGAGGUCUGUAUCAACUCGUCUUACUUGACCGAAUAACAUGUUUUAAUAUGAAAAAACGGUGGAGUGUUCCUUUAAGGGACAUUUUGUUGCUCAGACCUGAAAACCCUUUUGUUGGGAGGACGACGCUGUAAAAAAAAAAAAGCUGUAGAACAACAGUGAAAUAUGGACUUCUGACACUUUUUUGUAUUGAAAAAUGUAAUUGUGUUGUGCUCAGUUAAUUAUCACACAGUAAACACACACUUAAGGAAAAACUUCCAAUGUUUAUUACAAGUAACCUGCAAUAAAUGUACAACCCAAAAUUGGAAUUGAGUGAUGUAAAAAUGUUGCAACCAUGUAAUAAAAUGUAUAAUAAAGAAGAUACUGCAGUCACAGUAAAGUGUCCCAGUCACUAAGGGACUUUGAGUGUCUACAGCGUUCAAAUUUAGUUGUUCCUAGUUUAUUUAACUCUUUAGUUUAUGUUUAACUUGGUCUGGAGUUAAAGCUAAAGCUUAUACAGAGAACUGCAACUAGAAAUAUGAUACAACAUAAGUCCUGACCCUUGCUGGGCUUCUAAUUCAAUCAUUUUUUAACACUGAAUGAUUUUUUUCCCUCCUCUGAAUCAACCAGAGGUUGAUUUGUAUGG